UGAUAACGACUUUCCAAGUUUCCAGUAUUGCUUUCACUGCUUCUCCUUUCACCACGACACCUUUUUUUUCUUCUUCAAAAAUUAACCUAAAACUCUCCCCACUUGAAUGUUGUGAAUCUCACUUUCCUUUAUAUAUUAAGUGCCUCCAUUCCCUACCCCUAGCCUCAUAUCAUUAUUAAUAAUCUCAACACUGUCAGAGGUUAUUUAUUCUUUCUUUCUCUCUUCCCCCAUAAUAUCUCCAAGAAUCUUGAUUUUUCUGCUUCAUUCAAUGGCCCCCUGAUUAUCCUGUUCCCAAGUAUUCUUUUCAGGAUGCAAGUUAAACUGCUAAAAAUGGAAACUUCCUGCAAUUUCUCCACUUUGGCUCCUAGCUGCCUCACUCGUCAAAAAAGAUCCAAUCUUUCUUCUUUCAUUGGCUCUGUUACUCUCUCCAAUACCAAGAACCGCACCUUUCUUGAUUCCAUUUCCUGCACUAGUAGUAGUGGUGGCACAAAGUCUGUCACUACAAGGAGAAGAAAACCCAAGAAUGGUGGGACUAAUAGUGCUGCCAGCAAAAAUGUUAAGACUAAAGAGAUCCCAUCAGCCACAACAAAAGGGUCAUCAGGGAAAGUGACACGUCAGCAAGAGUGUACACAAGCAGAGAAGGAAAGUGGGCCCUCUGAUGUGCGAGCAUUGAAUCAAAAUGGUGACCCAAUGGGGAGAAAAGAUUUGGGAAAGUGUGUAGUGAGGUGGUUAUCACAAGGAAUGAGAGCUAUGGCUUCAGAUUUUGCUACAGCAGAGAUGCAAGGAGAGUUUGUUGAGGUUAAACAGAGAAUGGAACCAGGAUUGACUUUUGUUAUUCAAGCUCAGCCUUAUCUUAAUGCUGUACCUAUGCCUCUUGGUCUUGAAGCUAUUUGCUUGAAGGCUUGCACUCAUUAUCCUACCCUUUUCGAUAACUUCCAGCGUGAGCUUAGAGACGUUCUUCAGGACCUUCAGAGGAAGUCCUCGGUCCAAGAUUGGCGUGGUACUGAGUCAUGGAAGUUGCUUAAGGAUCUCGCUAGUUCAGCUCAGCAUAAAGCCAUUGCAAGGAAGGCUUCUCAACCAAAAUCUGUUCCUGGUGUAAUGGGAAUGGACCUCGAGAAAGCCAAAGCCAUUCAGAGUAGGAUUGAUGAUUUCACCAAUCGGAUGGCAGAUUUGCUUCAUAUCGAAAGAGAUGCUGAAUUAGAGUUCACUCAAGAGGAGUUGAAUGCUGUCCCUGCACCCGAUGUUAAUUCUGAGGCUCUGAAGCCAUUUGAAUUCUUGGUUAGCCAUGCCCAACCUGAGCAGGAACUCUGUGAUACUAUCUGCAAUCUGACAGCAGUUAGCACAUCUAUAGGAUUAGGUGGAAUGCAUUUAGUGUUGUUCAAAUUGGAGGGAAAUCACAGAUUGCCUCCAACUAACCUCUCACCCGGGGACAUGGUUUGUGUCAGAAAUUGUGAUAGUAGAGGCGCUGGUGCGACUUCUUGCAUGCAAGGAUUUGUGCAUAACCUUGGGGAGGACGGACGUAGCAUCAGUUUGGCUCUUGAGUCACUUCAUGGAGAUACUACCUUUUCCAAGCUCUUUGGGAAAAAUGUUCGCAUUGAUCGCAUUCACGGAUUGGCUGAUGCAGUCACAUACGAGCGCAAUUGUGAAGCCUUAAUGAUGCUUCAGAAGAAAGGAUUCCGGAAGAAAAAUCCUUCUGUAGCGGUGGUAGCUACACUUUUUGGAGACAAAGAAGACCUUACCUGGCUUGAGGAGAAUGACAUGGCAGAUUGGGCUGAAGUGGAACUCCCUGAUUCUACGGACAGAAAAUCUUUUGAUGCUUCCCAAAGAAAAGCAAUUGCUUUAGGUUUAAACAAGAAUCGACCUAUAAUGAUAAUUCAAGGGCCUCCUGGCACAGGGAAGACUGGUUUGCUGAAGGAAUUGAUUUCUCUUGCUGUAAAACAAGGUGAAAGGGUGCUUGUAACUGCACCAACAAAUGCAGCUGUGGACAACAUGGUUGAAAAGUUGUCCAAUAUUGGACUCAACAUUGUUCGGGUUGGAAAUCCUGCACGAAUAUCCCCUGCUGUAGCUUCAAAAUCUUUGGCUGAAAUAGUGAAUAAUAGGCUGUCUGAUUUCCAAGCAGAGAUUGAGAGGAAGAAGUCAGAUCUUAGAAGGGACCUGAGGUAUUGUCUUAAGGAUGACUCUUUAGCUGCUGGUAUACGUCAACUUCUAAAACAGCUUGGAAAGUCCAUCAAGAAGAAAGAGAAGGAAGAAGUGAAAGAAAUCUUAUCAACUGCUCAUGUUGUGCUUGCAACAAACAUUGGGGCAGCUGAUCCACUAAUUAGGCGGCUGGACGCAUUUGAUUUGGUUAUUAUAGAUGAAGCUGGCCAAGCAAUUGAACCAUCGUCUUGGAUACCAAUAUUGCUCGGAAAGCGUUGUAUUCUUGCAGGUGAUCAAUUCCAGCUUGCUCCUGUGAUCCUUUCUAGGAAAGCCUUAGAAGGUGGUCUUGGAGUUUCACUACUGGAGAGGGCAGCAACUUUGCAUGACGACAUGUUGUCGACAAAGUUAACAACACAGUACAGAAUGAACGAUGCCAUAGCUAGUUGGGCUUCCAAGGAGAUGUAUAGUGGAUCUUUAAUAUCAUCCCCAACCGUUGCGUCUCAUCUUCUAGUGGAUUCUCCUUUUGUCAAGCCCACAUGGAUUACGCAGUGUCCGCUGCUAUUGCUUGAUACGAGAAUGCCUUAUGGAAGCUUAUCAGUUGGUUGCGAAGAGCAUUUGGACCCUGCUGGCACUGGCUCCUUUUUCAAUGAAGGGGAAGCAGAAAUUGUUAUUCAACAUGUAUUCAGUUUAAUUUAUGCUGGUGUUCCCCCUGCAGCCAUUGCUGUGCAGUCUCCUUAUGUCGCUCAAGUGCAACUACUUAGAGACAAGAUUGAUGAGAUUCCAAUGGCUACUGGCGUUGAUGUUGCAACUAUUGAUAGCUUUCAAGGCCGUGAAGCAGAUGCUGUGAUUAUAUCCAUGGUUCGAUCAAAUAAUUUGGGAGCCGUUGGAUUCUUGGGAGACAGCAGGCGAAUGAAUGUUGCCAUAACAAGGGCACGCAAGCAUGUAGCAGUCGUCUGUGACAGUUCAACUAUAUGCCACAACACAUAUUUGGCCAGGCUGCUUCGUCAUAUUAGGUAUUUUGGCAAAGUAAAACAUGUUGAACCUGGCAGCUUCUGGGAAUUUGGCCUUGGUAUGGAUCCAAUGUUGCCUAGCAAGUUAAGUUAAAAAGAGUUCACCAAGAUUGACUUUUUAGUGCUUCUUUCCAUCUGGUGACUGACUGAGCGGACUCUCAGAUACAAUGAUGCCCUGGUUCGGUCUGCAAAUUAUAUAUUCAGUUGCUUCAAGCAAUUGAGCUUUUUGACCAAGACAACAAAGCUCGGGGUAAUUUUUAUUUGUAUAUAUAAUUCAAAGAAAAACUUUGUGAAAAGUGUAAAUAUAUAUUCAUACAGCUUUAACAUUUAUACGAUUCUUGAUUGUUUAACUCCAGUUAAUGAUUUUCUUUGUAUUUGAAUCUGUCAAGAUUAUAUGUAUAAACAAGGAUGAAUUUCAUUCA